CGGCCAAAAGUCGUAUUUGAUCGCCAAAACAAAGUGGUUGGUAUGACAGAUUGGGCCCAGUUAAGGUGACGGUCGAGUGUAACUAUUUGAACUAACCUGCAGGACAUGCCAGAGCUUGUAUCCGGAUCCUUCAAGAUAAAAUGGCGUUUUUGUUGCCAUCAUCUGUAUUUGUGGUCCUUGUUUUCCUCAAAGCAGAAGUGACCCUCUGUACAGGAAGCACUGAAUGUGUUGCCAGAAACUUUGGCCAUGACUCUGUGGUGUGUGAGUGUAAUUCAACCUACUGUGAUAGUGUUGGGUCAGUCUCCCUGCCUCCUCUGGGCCAGUACUCCUCCUACCUUUCCAGCAUGGCCGGCAGCAGACUGAAGGGGGGCCAGGCUCAGGUCCAGGUGAAGAGCAGCGGGGCAGGUAUCAGGUUAACCGUUGUUCCCUACCAGAAGUACCAGAAGAUCAGGGGAUUCGGUGGAGCUAUGACAGACGCAGCAGCCAUUAACAUCCUGUCUCUCUCUGCUGGUGCACAGGACCAGCUGCUACGCCAGUACUUUUCCCCUGAAGGUAUCGGCUACAGCGUGGUGCGUGUGCCCAUGGCCAGCUGUGACUUCUCCACCCGUCUGUACACCUAUGAUGACACACCUGGAGACUACAACCUGGACAAUUUCACACUGGCCCCUGAGGACAUCAACAUGAAGAUCCCUCUCCUGCAGCGUGCUCAGGCCUUGUCUCCUCGCCCUCUGUCACUGCUGGCCAGUGCCUGGAGCGCCCCCGCCUGGAUGAAAACUAAUGGUGCACUCGUGGGGAAGGGCUCCCUAAAGGGCCAGCCUGGGGGCAAGGAGUAUAAAACCUGGGCUCAGUACUAUAUCAGGUUCCUUGAGGAAUAUGCUAAAUAUAACUUGACCUUCUGGGCCUUGACCACAGGGAAUGAGCCCUCUGCAGGACAGAUGACUAACUACAGUUUCCAGGCUCUGGGCUUCACUCCUGAGGAGCAGAGGGACUGGGUAGCUCUGGACCUGGGCCCUGCCCUGCACGCUUCGUCACACCCACACACACACAUACUCAUACUGGAUGACAACCGCCUGCUGCUGCCUCACUGGGCUAAAGUGGUCCUAAAUGAUGUUCACGCUGGGAGGUACAUUCAUGGUGUGGCAGUUCACUGGUACAUGGACUGCCUUGUUCCAGCUGAGAUAAGCCUCGGAGUCACCCAUCAUCUCUACCCAGAGUAUUACCUGUUUGGCACAGAGGCCUGCUCUGGCUGGAAUCCACUAGACAGAGGCGUGAAGCUGGGCAGCUGGGACAGGGCCGAACAGUACGCACAUGACAUUAUAGAGGACCUAAAUCAUUAUGUGGUGGGUUGGACUGACUGGAACCUGGCACUGGACCAGACUGGUGGACCAAACUGGGUUAAAAACUUUGUAGACAGUCCCGUUAUAGUAGAUGCAAAGCGUGAUGUCUUCUACAAGCAGCCAUCCUUCUAUAGCAUGGCCCACUUCAGCAAGUUCUUGUGGGAGGGGUCUCUGAGAGUGGGUGUGUCUGCUAGUCAGAAAACACACCUGGAGUACUCUGCCUUCAUCAGACUAGAUGGCUCAGUAGUGUUCAUCAUACUCAACAGGUCAUCAUCAGAGGUCCAGUUUGAGGUGUGGGAUCCCGCUGUGGGCUACAUCCCCUCCACUGCCCCGGCUCAUUCUUUGCUCACACUUGCUUGGAACACACACUGAUCAUUAAAAGUUGCACAUGCAUUUGUUUUACUUGAACCACAUUAUAAAUACUUCCAUGCACAUUUUAACACACCACAAAGAGUAAGCGUUUAUGUUGGAACCUUCUUGUUUCCAGUUAUUACUCUUACAAGCCACUCAACAGCACAUUUUUCUAUUAGCUGGUACCAGAUUAUUUUUUAUCUGCACAGCUUUAGUGAUUUCAUUGGUCACUCAUUAACCUCCGCUAAUGUGAUUUUCAUCCACAAUCCUUGAAAUGUUUUUUUAUGUGCCGAUUCUUAUCAGGAAUGGUACCUGAAAGAAGUGAAUGUAUCACCAGAAUGACCUGUGCUGAAGUGUAACUGGUGCCUUGAUUUCCAGCUAAUAAGAUGCUCGAAGUGUCCGCGACAUGUCUUAUCUCUACAGAAAUAUAAAUAAUGUACAUAAUUUGUAAAUGCCUUCUGCUAUUGCUAUUUAAUCAUUAUUUUAAUGUUAAAUAAAGAACCAAUUGUUUUAAAAUAUCCAAAGUCAGGUAUCUUUGGGUGCAGAGAGGGCAUAAAAUGUACACAAUGACAAUUAAACUAUGACAGUUUUUUUGUCAAUUUAUUAAUACAUCAUAGACAUUUUUUCAUAUAUAUAAUAUACAGUUCGAUAACCAGGUAUUUCACAUUUGUGUGUCCAUUCUCAAUGUUUUUUUUUCCUUUGCAAACCAUAAGUUGUUGGACUAAAAUUAUUUACAUCAACCAAAAAAGUGAUAAAAAUGUGAAACAAAAGACAGCAAUAAACAGAGGAAUAAAAUGACAGGGAUGCCAUCUGUUUAUAAUAUAUACACCAGGAGAAGUAUUUUUAAAUCUAAAGCAUUAGAUAAUGGGCUGCGCUCCAUAGAUUUUUAAUUUCAUUCCCUUACUCGUAUAACAUUUAAAUUCUUUCAGAUGCAGUAGAGUCCCGAAAGGUGUAAGGAAUCCUCCUUUGCUUGCAUUUGAUGUCACAGUUUUGUAUUUGUGGCCAUUAAACGGCAGCGACCCACAGUUCAAUCAACAUCUUGCUGACAUAAUCUCAACAAAAACUAAACAUUAUACCCUUCAUAAACAUAAUAUUUAUUGCAGGGCUGUAGGUGUUGGCGGGUCCAGUCCUUGUAAAUGCCAAGAGUGAUAGUGACCCCUUCAGUAUUCCCAUAUGCCAUACAGGGCUCAGUUGCAGCAUUUAGCUAAUUUCCCAAUGAGUAAAAAGGGCAUGGUGUAUGAUAUAAAGUCUGGCAUUUCCCCACAAUAGUGUAUUGCAGCAGUGCAUUUCGAGAAAGAUGGAAAAGGAGUUUGUGGAGUGGAAGUAUUGAAGACAUGGGCUUGAUCAUCAAUCUAGGCUGGUUUGUUAUUAGGCAAAAAAAAAAAAAAAAA